CACGUCUAGCCAGCUCGAAGUGCCACGACUUCACAGCAGACUACGGAUUCUCCAGCGGAGUGAGGAGGGGGAUAGGACUGGAAAAAAGCUAGUUAGCUGAAAAGCUGGGCAAAUAGUUAAAUUUUUACAAAGUCACUUCGUCUUUCAGUCUUAACGUUUCCCCCUCUCUUCAUUCCCGUUAACGCAAGCACACGUAGCUCCAUCACAGCCGAGGUCAGCUGAAACUCAAAAAUGGAUAUCUACGACCCCCAGACUCUUGGGAUAGUGGUGUUUGGUGGAUUCAUGGUGAUCUCUGCUCUUGGCAUUGCUCUCGUCUCCACCUUCUCCAUGAAGGAGACGUCGUAUGAGGAGGCUCUGGCUAAACAACGAAGGGAGCUGGGUAAGAUGCAGUCAGCUCGCUCUGACAAAAAGAAGAAGGACAAAGUAUCUGAGAAGAAGAGCCGCGGGAAGAAGAAGGAAGAAAAGCCAAACGGAAAGAUCCCAGAGCCUGAAAAGGCUCCAGAAGAGGCUGAAGUCGAAGCUGUUGUUGAAUCUGUUGCUGCACCAGUUGCAGCUUCUGCUCCUGAACCUGAACCUGUCCCCGUUCCUGCUGUUGAGGUGAAACCAGCAGCAGCCCCAGCACCAGUUGAAACCCAGGUAAAGGCUGCAGCUGAACCAAGCCCUGCUCUCGCUGAUCCCUCACCUGCACCCUCCCCAAAAGAGAAAAAGAAGAAGAAGGUGGCCAAGGUGGAGCCAGCCUCCAGCCAGCCAGCUCCUGCCCCAGCACCAGUCAAGCCCUCCGCAGCUCCUGCAGCAACCCAGGCUCCUGUGUCUGCCAAAGCAUCCGCCCCAUCCUCUGCUUCUGCCCCAGCCAAGAAUGCCCCUGCUGCAGCGAAGCCUGCUCCUGCCCCUGCAUCAGCAAAAUCUGCCCCUGCCCCAGCCAAGUCUGCCCCUGCACCAGCCAAGUCCGCUGCUGCCCCAGCCAAGUCUACUCCAGCUCCAUCCAAGACCGCCCCGGUGCUGGAGGCCGUCACUAAAGAAGUCCCGGUGCUGGCAGUGCCUCCGGUGGGAUCUCAGCCGGCUCCUGCUGCUGGAGUGAAAACACAAGAGUCGAAGAAGAAGGGGUCCAAGAAGAAGGCUGAGCCUGCAGCAGCAGCAGACUCUGCAGAUGCCCCCCUCUACCUGCCCUACAAGGCUCUGGUGUCCACUGUCAGCAGCAUGGUGUUCAGUGAGGGAGAGGCUCACAGGCUCAUCGAGAUCCUCUCUGAGAAAGUUGGGAUCAUCCAGGACACAUGGCACACGGCCACUCAGAAGGGAGACCCAGUGGCCAUCCUGAAGAAGCAGUUGGAGGAGAGGGAGAAGCAGCUGGCAGCAGAGCAAGAGGACGCUUCUGCAGCAAAGAACCGCCUCAGAGAACUCACCAAGGAGCUUUCUGCAGAGAAGUCAAAGGUGGCCAGCGUGGAGACGAGGCUGAGCGCCCAGCUCAGUAAGAGGGAGCAAGAAAUGAUCGCUCUGCAGGCUCGUAUGCAGGCCAGUUACCAGGACCAUAUAGCUCAGACUCAGGCACUCAAUGCAAAGAUUCUCAGCAUUCAGGACCAACUUGAAAAGGGCCCGAAUGCCCAGCUGGCUCGUCUGCAGCAGGAGAACUCUAUCCUCCGGGAUGCACUCAACCAAGCCACCAGCCAGGCCGAGAGCAAGCAAAAUGCAGAGUUGGCCAAGCUGCGUCAGGAAUGCGCAAAGUUAACCAAAGAACUUGGAGAGAAGACUGAGAGUCUGCUUGCUGAUGAACACAUCAGGAAAGGCCUUGAGGCCAAGGUCUCCGCCGCUGAGAAGCAGCUCUCCCUGCUGCAGGCCAGCCAGGCAGAGAGCGAGCAGGCAUUACAGAGGAAACUGGAGGAGGUGUGCGAGGAGCUCAGAGCCACACAGAGUAAAAACAGCAGCCUGCAGGACUCACUGGACAAGUCCCAGCAGGACAGCAGCACAAUCUCAGAGUUUCAGGUCAGUAUUGAGAGGUUGGAGGCUGAAGUCAAGGAGCGCUCUGCUCAGGUCGAUGCCCUCACAGCCCAGCUGGAGGAGACGCAGGGGGAGAAAAGUCAGCUCAUACAACAGGUGGCCACCAUCAACGCACUGCUGGAAGCUAGUCAGACCAAAUCAGAGGAGGAAAACAAUCAGGAGGUGAACUCUGCAGAACUGGAGCAGCUGAAGCUUAGCCUUCAGGAGAAAGACGCCCAGCUGAGCACACUUCAAGACGAACUGAAACAACUGCAACAGAAGCAGGAAGCUGCAGAGAACACUAUUACUGAACUAGAGCAAAAAAACAAGAGUGAGGAUUCCAGCCUCAUCACAUCACUUCAGGAUGAACUCAAAAGCCUCAAAGAAGAGAUGUCACAACUUACCAGCACAGCACAGUCAGACAGCUCUGCAGAGGUUGCACAAUUACAAACCAGUCUGUCAGAGAAGGAAGCUCUUGUCACAUCACUACAGGAGGAGCUGAGGGAAGCGAGGGAAAAGAUGACUUCUGAUGCACAGAACACUGAGGCUGAACUGACAGCUUUUCAAACUCAAACCAAAGAAACUCUACAGGCCCUCUUCCCACAGAUACCCCUAGAGACAGAGCAGUCUGACUGGUUACAAGUAUUCACACAGAAAGCUCAGGAGGCGCUCAGCCAGCAGAGCCAAGAGUCUCAGACGAGCACAGCAUCAGCAGAGUUGCUCGAGAAACUAAAAGAGGCAGAGGAGAGUCACAGCUCACUGCAGGCUGAGUGUGACCAAUACAGGACAGUCUUAGCAGAAACUGAAGGGAUGCUGAAACAUCUGCAGAAGAGCGUGGAGGAGGAAGAGCUUGUAUGGAAGUCAAAGAUGGCUGACGCAGAGGAACAGCUGAGGGUGGCUUUGGAGAAGAUCAGCAGCCUGGAGGCAGAAAACCAAAGUGUAGAGCACUUGAAGGAGCAGAUGAUGCUUCUUGAAGCACAGCUUGAGAAACAAUCAGAAAAUCAGGGCAGUGCAGAGGAGACACAGCAGCUGAAGCUGCAGCUGUCAGAGUGUCAGAUUCAGCUCAACUCGGCCCAGAAGGAGCUCCAGGCACACAAGGAGGAGCUCACACAGGUGAGAGAGCAGCUGGGCGAGAUCACGAUGAGGGCUCAGCGAGAGCAGAACGGCCCUGCUGAGGCUCAGCACAGUCAGGUCCAAAACGAGCUGAGUCAGACGACGGAGAAGCUACACGAGGAGGAGGCUCAGAGGCAGCAGCUCUCAGAAGAUUUUGAGCAAGCCCAGAAGACAGUAUUAGAACUUCAGGCACAGCUGGAUCUUCUGAAGGCAUCUGCAGAGUCUCCACAAGCUGAAACAGAAGAUGUCGCUCAGCUAAAGGAACGCCUGGAGAAGGAGAAGAAGCUUUCCAAAGACCUCGGCCAGGCAGCCACCAAACUCCAGCAGCUUCUCAAAGCCACUCAGGAGCAGCUGACCAAAGAGAGAGAGACGGUGAGAACACUACAGGAGCACCUUGACGGAAAGGGUGAAUAUGUGGAGCUGAAGGAAGGAACGUCUGUCUGAGAGGAAGUUCGCAGACACUAUGAAAUAAAACUGCCAAAUAUGCCUUAUGAUUACCAUAGUUAUGCAUUCCAAAAUUAUUUCUUUCUUGUACUGUAGUCGAUUGCAUUUGUUGCAACUGUAGGAAUCAAAUGUUUGAUAUUAUGAACAUUUCAAAGUAAGAUUAGAGGAGAAACUCCUGCUACAAUCUUUAUUGAAACCCACAUUCCAUCAACAAUUCUGGCUAUGUCAGAAGUUAUUUAUCCCCCUGCCUUAUAUUCCAAACAUUUCCCCAUAGUACAGUGUUAAAAAGGGAAACCGAUUGUGCGUCAAACGUACAUCAACCUGUGCAAUUACUUUGUAUGUCUUUUCUAUGUGGUUGAAUGAUGGGAACAUUUUACAGUUCGAUGUGUCAUUACCUAUAGGGCCUGCUUUCCUCUGUAGCUGGCUGCCAAUAACAUGCAUCAAAAUUGUAUGAAUGAAUAAACUACAGUCUAGCUCUA